AUAUAUGGUUAGCCUAUCAUAUGCUACAUGACUGUAUACGAUUAGAUGUAUCACUGCCGUGCAUUAACUUGUUGAAUAUGCCAUUGGAACCUUAAUAUUGCCAUGAUUAUUGUUGUUUGAUUAAUAUCCCAAAUUCGAUGUUUCAAAUCAGGAUGCUAGAAGAAUGAUCAUUAUUUCGAUGAAUGAGCGGUAGGCCCGUUUUCUACGUAAAAAUCUUCGAGCUGUGAAUCAGCUGGUGCCAUGUAGCUUGUAGGGCCUCCUUAAAAUACGACUGGAGAGCAUAACCAAGGCGGUCGUUGCUGGAAUGGCUUCAGUGCUGAGUGUGAACUUUGCUGUAAUGAGGUAUAAUCUCAAAUAUUUUGAGACAUAAUAACAUUUAAGACCAUGGUGGACAAACGGAAUACUGGUACUAUGGCCGCGCCAUCAGAGAGUUGGAGUGACGUCAAUUGCAACGCUGGCGACAUCGGCACGAUGUCAGACUCUCCUGACAUCAUCGAUCACCAUCGCAUACGGGUUCGACGACCACAGGAUCCCUACAACUGUGUGUACAUCUCGUUGCUCCUGGCGGGGACGGGAUUCCUUCUCCCCUACAACAGUUUCGUUACGGCAGUCGAUUUCUUUCACAGUCAUUUUCCCGGCACCACCAUCGUCUUCGACAUGAGUCUCGUCUACCUACUCGUCGGCUUCGCCGCUGUCAUGCUCAACAACGCACUCGUCGUCAAAAUAUCGGUGCAGAGAAGGAUCCUGCUAGGUCAGGUCAUGGCGUUGUCGGCGCUUCUUCUUGCCGCGUUUCUCGUCGUAGGACUGGAUUCGAGUCUACCCAAGCAGUUCGGAUAUGUCGUCACACUUCUUGCUGUGGCUGUGACGUCAUUCGGAUGUACAAUUCAGCAAUCCAGUUUCUAUGGUUAUGCCGGAAUGCUACCGAAGAGGUUCACACAGGCUGUCAUGGUAGGAGAAAGCACUGCUGGUGUUCUGACAUCACUGAACCGCAUCAUCACCAAACUCCUGGUCUCCAAUGAGAAGGUGAACACGCUCAUGUUUUUCAUCCUCUCUGGGAUCGUCUUGGUGCUAUGUCUGGCAACACAUCAGGUAGCCCGACGGACUCAGCUCGUAAGACAUUACACAACAGCCUGUCAGAAUGCUGGGCUAGGAGAGGACGAGAGAAGUCUACAACUCAGUACAGAGGUAUCUGGAAGUAGAACAGCAGUGAAUGUUGAUGACGUUAAUCUCCAAGGUGAUGAAACACCUCACACUGCAGAGGAAGUGAGACCAAAUACAGACUCCUUGGAAGGACAGAGGAAAGCACGUCGACCAAUUACUCUCACAUCCUGCUGGCAUUCAAUAGUUGGUGGAUUCCAUUCUCGUGUGAACCUCUCCCGUCACAUCUGGCCGUACAUGGUAUCCAUCGCAGUGACCUAUUACAUCACCCUGUGUCUGUUCCCGGGUAUUGAAUCGGAGGUUGUCAACUGUAAGCUUCACGAUUGGAUGCCCAUCAUACUCAUGGCCAUUUUCAAUUUCACUGAUUUGUGUGGAAAGCUCUUAGCAGCAUACCCUUAUGAGUGGAAUACCAGUCGUCUGAUGUUGGCCUCUAGCUGCAGAGUACUCCUGGUCCCACUCCUUCUAAUCUGUGUGGCACCCAGGAGUCAUCCACUACUCUCCCAUCCAUUCUGGCCAAUCCUUCUCUCGGCUAUGCUGGGCAUCUCCAAUGGAUACUUUGGCAGCAUCCCGAUGAUCCUGGCUCCAGGCAUGGUCCCGGAGGAGAAGAAGGAAUUAGCAGGAAAUGUCAUGACGGUGUCCUAUAAUGUUGGCCUCACCCUUGGUGCUAUCACUGCCUACUUUCUUAAAUUCAUCAUCGGUCCGUCCAACCAGGGGGCUUCCUGUCAUGCCGCAGCCCUCAUGAACAUGACUGCCGCCCCCGCCGCCGGAAAUAAAAUAUCUGUCACAUGAUCUUUCUUUUCAAGCUUUCUUCAUGGUGCAAUAUGGACAUGUAUAUAAUCAAAAUAAAUGUGCAUUGUGUGUUUAUGUGUGGGAGGGGUGUGCUUGUGUCACAGUUCAACUUCAACAAGACAUUCCUUUUGAUGUGAUUGACAAUUUAACCCCUUGCCUACUGGAAGGAUGAUCUGGAAAUACUGGAACUGGAUGAUCCUUGUACAAAGCCUAUGGGAAUUACAGAGUGGGGUAGUCAAAAGCUUAACAGAAAGCAUUACAAAGAUAAAUCAUAAAAUA